AUGCCGGCCCUAUUAGAGGACCCAGAAUCUCCCGUAAUCUAUCGGGCCUCUGGACAGGACCCGUACCCGACCCAAGACAAUCCGCAAAUACCGUCGUCGAUAUUCCCGCGCCCCGUCAUGCUUCGAGACCGCCUUACUAUUGCAACCCUGAUUCCAUUCUUCUCUCCCAAUGCGGUUCCAAAGAGACUGCUUCAAUAUCUUUCCGAGCAGCUCAACAAGGAAAUUCAGGGUGGAGACACGUAUCCCAUGAUCAACCCGCUACCUCUGGACACCUUUGGCCCCUACUGGUUUGGUAAUUUCGGUGCUGUUAUGGUUCUCGGUGACAUUGGAGGCAUUGAGGCCGUGACCGACAUGGAUCGGGAGGGCGUUGACUGGAACAAAAAGUGUUUGGGCAGCUUUUACAUCAAGCCCAAUUAUCCCGGUCGAAGCAGUCAUGUUUGCAAUGGUGGGUUUUUAGUCACUCCUGCGGCUCGUAACAAGGGUGUCGGAAAGUCGAUGGGACAAUGUUAUCUCGAUUGGGCACCUCAGCUGGGGUACACCUACUCGGUAUUCAACUUGGUUUACGAAACCAACACUGCUUCAACGAAGAUAUGGGACUCACUUGGCUUCAAGAGGAUUGGAAGAGUCCCGGGAUGCGGCAUUCUAAAAUCCUCGGAAGAACCUGUCGAUGCAAUCAUUUAUGGCAAGGACCUGAAAGGAGAGGGCGAGAUGGAUCUCUCUGAAGAACGCUUCGAUAAGAUAAGGUACUACCUGAGACAUCAGCUCUAUCCUCAAGGAGCCGACAGGUCAGAGAAAAGUCGACUAAGGAGUGCCGCCACUCAUUAUAAACUGGUCCCCGCGGCCGAUGGAGGUCCGGAGAGGUUGUUUUUGAAGGACAAAGAGGUUAUCUCUGAUCCUCAGGCACAGUAUGACAUUGCCAAAGGUAUCCAUCUCCAGGCUCAUGCAGGCAUCAACAAGACUACCGCCCUGAUAGCAACCCAGUAUCACUGGAUCCGGAUCAAAGAAACUGUGAGCCAUGUCAUCAAGAAUUGCCCUGAAUGCAAAGAUGUCAAUAAACCGCCCAUAAUACGUUCGGAGAAUCGACCUGGGCGGAGCAAGACGAUUGAUGAGGCUCCCCCUGAUUUAUCGUCGCCGCAGACUGGCCCAUCUCCAACCGUGCCUGCAACAACCGUGCCUCCACAAAUACCGCAAACAGCACAGUCGGUACGAUCAGAAGACGUGCAAAACGGGCCACCGCAGGAUCAGGAAAUUGCGACAAACCACCUAUCCGAACACGACUUCGCAUCAAUACAGCAGCCCAUGGAUCUGUCUAAUGACCAUGCCCAUCUUGUCACUGACCCAGUUGGCCAUCUUCAUGCAUAUGAUGAGAUGGCCAUCGAUCCGCAGAUCAUGGAACAGAUACAAGCCCAACUUGAUGCCGACUACGACCCCAACAGCCAUACAUUUGUUCCUCCAGGGAUGCCCACUUUCACGGAUCCUUCCCAUUUGCAGUCUCCUCAUGAUCCCCGCGACUUCAACCAUGCAACCUCUGAUCAUCAUUUUAUUCCCGACCCAAAUCAACCAAUCAUGGGACACGACCAUGUCAUGGACGAGAGUGGCGCAGGCACGGGGCUGAAUAGCAUGCAACCUAUGCAGCACGUAUUGCAGAUGGACUAUGUUGACUCGCAGAACGAGCAACAAUUCAAACUCAAGCAGUAA